AUGGAACGCUGUGGCCGAGAAGGGUUUGUUACGGUGGUGAGGCGCGACAGCGACGGCCAGGCUUGGUGUCUUGGGAAGAGCCGUGGAGGGGGCCUCGGCAAAGCCAAGGGGCCUGAGAGGUUGCAGCAUCAGACUCUAGUGGCAAGUGAUCAGCCCAGCACGCGGGCCCAUUCUCCGCUGAAGCCCUCUGGCGAGCUGGAGGAGUCACACCUGGCCUCCUUCAGUCCUGGCCUAGCCCGUGAAGAGCGGCCAGGGCCCCAGGAGGAAAGACAAAAGUGCGAGCCCAUUGGUGUGUACGCGGGGCCUGCCCAGGGAAGGUCAAGCGAAGGUCUGUGUGGACCCAACACGGCUAAGGGGGUCCGAGACCUGGAGGUCGGGUCAGCCCAGAAAAGCCACGAGACUGAGUCCUUGAUCUCUCCGAGCCUCCUGUUGGGGGAGAACCCAGGACACCCGUCCCAGCAACUGCAGGUCAGCCGUUCGCAGGACCAGGAGCCACUUGGCUCUCCCAGCCCGUCCGAGGUGGGCUCAGAGUACCUGACUUCCUUCCACACUCCUGAGCAGCCCCUGGCUACGGAGGGACUGGCCCAGCAGGGUGAAGUCGGCCCGGGACACACUGCUGCCUGGAGCCCCAGACAGGGGCUGUUCCUCGGGGAGCUGGCGCCACCCAGUGGCUUCUUCCCAUACUACCGCUCUCAGGAAGUGCAUCUCUCCUGCAGCACCCAUCAAGACUGCUGGUGUCUGGGCACCAGAGACGGCUUUCCCGGAAGUGGGGCACAGGAUGGCUGCUGCAAGUCCGCCUUGGCAGGGCCAGACCUCCUCUCUGGGUUUUCACCCUCGCCAGCAGGCUGCCGCUUCCUGGGAGGGCUCACGUGUGAUGGCCAGCAGAGCCUUCGCCUCUCCAGGGACAUUGUUCUCGGUAAGUCAGGGUUUGUACCCUACUACAGAAGUCCCGAAGAGACGCUGCACACCAGCCCGGUGCCUUCCUCCUCUGUGCCGGGGAGCUCGAGGGACUGACCCCAACCUGGCGCCUUGCCGGCCUGUGAAGGUGCAGCGGUGACAGCAGCAGGGACUUCUGGGAGUGAACGUACUGUGCCCCGCCCCAUUUGAACCUCACCAUUCCUUCUGUAGCUUGUCAAAGGCCUGGACACAGGGAGCAGGGGCCUCCUGGACAACUCGGAGGUACGCAUGCCUACAGCUGGUUUUGUCAAUAAAGCCUGUCGG